AAUGAUUUUAUUGAUAAUGAUUCAAUGCUGCUUAAGGAUGAAAUGGAGUUAUCAGACACAUCCGAGUUGAAAGGGGCUUCAGAAGAUAAUACAAGAGAAAUAUUAUGUCUAAUAGCAACAUCAAUUCAAAAGCAAACAACAGCCACAAUUCGCAAUCGCAAACAUGAAGAUAGUGUUAAUACAACACCAUUCAGUAAAGCUAUUGUACAAUCUACACUCAAAAAUCUCUUUACAGAGAAACAAUUAAAUUGGAAAAGAU